AUGAGAUGCGGAGGAGAACAGAGCAACCAAAUGGAAAAAACAGGUGAAGCGAGUUGGAGUGAGAAAGUGGAGGAUUUGGUGGCUGCCGGAGACAUGCAGACCGCCAUCACUUUCCUCGAAGACCUCAUUUCCGAUAUCGAAACGACGCCGUCCGAAGACCUCCGAUUAGCCUCUGCCCUUUCCGACUUAGCUUCCCUCUAUUCCUCCAUCGGUUUCUCCCUUAAAUCCGAUGAACUUCUUUCACGCGCUUCUGUUCUCAAACUUCGUGCUCACUCUUCAACUGCGGCACUGAAAAACAAGGACUUGAAGGAGGAUUCUUUAACGUCACCUAAUGUUUCUUUGGCUGCAAAUGGCAAAUGAUUUACCUUUUUGCUUU